CCCCCGGCUGGAGGUGGGAAGGCGCUGAGGCAGGCGCGCGGCGGACAGGCCUGGAGGGGGCGGGUUCGCGCGGGCCUCGGAGCCUUCCGCCCUGCCAGAGGAGAGGUCACGGCGUGGAGCCGCCGCCGCUGCCCUGCUACCACUGCGAAGUCUGAGCCCUGGGCUGCGGCCAUGUCCUACUGCCGGCAGGAAGGUAGGGGAGGGAAGGAUCGAAUCAUAUUUGUGACCAAAGAAGACCAUGAAACUCCAAGCACUGCCGAGCUGGUGGCCGAUGAUCCCAAUGAUCCUUACGAGGAGCAUGGAUUGAUCCUGCCAAGUGGAGACAUUAACUGGAACUGCCCGUGCCUUGGGGGCAUGGCCAGUGGCCCCUGUGGGGAACAAUUCAAGUCAGCCUUUUCCUGCUUUCACUACAGCACAGAGGAUGUCAAGGGAUCAGACUGUGUAAGCCAGUUCCGGGCCAUGCAGGAAUGCAUGCAGAAGUACCCGGACCUCUAUCCCCAAGACGAGGAAGAGGAGGAAGAGGAGGAAAAGAAGAAGCCAGGAGAACAUUCGGAGGAGACAGCUCCCACCGAGGUCACUGCAACCAAAGAAAAGGAAGGGUCAAGCUAAUGAAGGCCGCGCUGCCCCACCGGGCUCCGGGCCUUGCACCGUAGAGUGAUACGGACCUUUAGCAAAAUGCCUUUCAGUCAUUCUCCAAGAAAGUGUCUUUUUCUCUAUUGUUCUGUGCACUGUAAUACAAAAGUAACUUAUUUUGAUAAUCAGGGGUCUUGGCCUCUUGACAUAUACACUGAAAAAAAAUGGGGUUAUAUGUAUGUGUGUCUCAUGUGAUUUUACCAGUGAAUGUAGCUGCCUCUUUUGAAUUCUCUUCCUCAGAUAACCUCAGAUUUUGCCACUUUGAAAUAAUAUGCUGACUAUUCUCAGCAACCAAAAUCAUUAUCUAGGAGUGUCUCUUAUGAGUGAGCUGAUUUAUUCUGAUUCAUUUUCUUUUUUUUUUUUUUUUUUAGUAGACUUUAUACCUGUUUGGAAAUGAAAUAGAAACAGAAACAUCUUCCUUUAAAAAUGCUGGAAGGGGGCCAUUCCUAACACAAGAAGCCAGGUAAUCAGAUACUUAUUCCUCAGAAACCACCUUUACCUUGGAAUAUGAGGAGGCUGCUGUGCUUCAUUGCUGAUACAUUUUGGUUUCCAUUUUUACAUUGCGCUCCAGGUUUUUCUUUUUAGAAAGUGGAGCUUUAGACCCUCUGAUUCAGUCCCUUUCUAGACAAAGAAGAAGCUGGGUUUUGCUGUUCUUCUUCUUCCAAAGGCCCUGGUUUGGGGCUCUGUGUUCACACUGGCUCUGUCUCAGCCUGUCCAGAUGCAGUGUUCUUGAGAGGCGGGACCUACUUCUUACCAAAGUAGCAGCCAAGGAGGAAAUGUGAAUUAAGUAGUCAAUUAAAAGAAAGACAUGGUUUUUACCUGAUUUUGAAGGUGUCCUUUCUUUUUACUCAUUAAAAAUGUUUUGUGUAAGGAAAUUCGAUCCCAUUUUCUACGUUGUGUGCAUGUCAAGCUGUUUUUUGUGAGCAGGUGCCUUCAGACAGACAUCUUAACCCACGAGGUUAGGCUCUUUGGUUUCCAUUUUUACAUUGCGCUCCAGGUUUUUCUUUUAGAAAGUGGAGCUUUAGACCCUCCACUUUCCAAAAAGAAAACCACGAAGGGAAGGGAAGAAAGCCCUUGCAGUUUAAGUAACUUGCCCAAGGGAACUGCUGGACAGUGCUCAGGCGGUAACGUGGUGAUGCCUCAUUUGUCCCAGGUGAACUGGUUCUCCAUUGCUGUGUAAAAAGUUACCUCCAAACACAGCAGCUCGAGACAGGCGUCUGUUAUCUCACAGUUCCUGUUGGUCAGGAUUCCGGAUCUGGCCUUCCCCGGGCCCUCUGGCUCGGCCUCUUACAUUGUGACCACGAUGCUGGCUGGGGUGGCAGUCCACUCAAGGCUUGACAGGCGUUCCAGAAUCACUCAGGUGGUUUUGGGCAGGAUUCAGUUCCUUGUGGUUUGUUGGAUUGAAGGCCUCAGUUCCUACCUGGCUGUUGAUCAAAGUCCUCCCUCAGUUCCUUGGCACAUGGGCCUCUCCCUAGGUCAGCCCCCAACAUGACCGGUGGCUUCCAUCAGAGAGCAAGAUGGAAGCCGGAGCCUUUUGUAAAUCUCAAAUGACGUUCUCCCGUUUACCAGUCUGUUUGUUAGCAGUGAGUCACAGUCCUCACUUGAUGAGGACUCCAACCAGCAGUGCCCAAGGUGUGGUGGAUGCAGUGAACAAAUUCACAAGGACAACAGAAGUCCUGUGGGGAAAAGGGACAGCAUGGCCACACUCUGAGUGAGAGAGAGGGCCCUGACCCCUGCCUGGACAGGCUUUUACUGCUUUUCUGGGAGUGUUAUUUCAAGGAAGGUCCUCAUUCCUCAUUGUUAGGAAGUAAAGAUCAAACGAUAGAUGACAUUCAAAGAACAAUGGGGGCUUUUUCUGAGUCAGGGUCAGAUAGCUAAAGGGCCAUAAAACUUUGGGGAACGAACUCAAUUCAUGCUUAAACCCUUAUCAUCUACACUGAGGGUAUUAGCAAAGCAGGUUUCACAGGAUUUUAUGCGAUCCUCCUUAGGCCUAAUUGCCCAGGGCACCGCCUGUUCCUGCCCAGAGCUGCACCACCCUCAAGCAUUGUUUCAGGCUUAAGUCAGGCAGAGGAAGUAAGGCAGCCAAGAGAUUAGGAGAGUUCUCCCAGACAGAAUGAGGAUUCAGGCUAUAUCAAAGCCGAGGGGCGAGGGUCCAUCACCCCUUUUCCCCAAGGUCCCCUUCAUGACCAUACCUGUCUGACCAUCCCUCUCGUGAGGAGGAAUCUUACCCGUCCUUGACUAACCAGUCAUCCACCCAGGGCCAGGCAGGGUGAAGUAAAAGGAGAGGCAGCACCCCUACCAGGAAGAUAAGAUUUGUCUCCUUAGUGGCUUACGGUCCCAAGGUCUCUUACUCAGCCUUAGCCAUGGGGGGUUACAGCUUCUGAAACUAGGCAGGGCGGUUCCCAACCCUCACUCAAGAGAAGGGACUCAGCAUGAGAACCAGGAGGCUGCCUGCCACACCAGAAAACGGCGACAGCACAUCAAAGCAGGAAAGCACACUUAGAUGUGAGGAACUGGGGUUCCGUGGUGUGAGGGAGGCAGAGGACUGUGGUGUCUAUAGUCCAAACUCAGUAAAAACCAAGAACCUGGAGCCGCCCGAGUUUGGGAGCUAGGACAGCCCUGUGAAGGUCUCGUGACUUUGUUUAGCUUCUUAAAGGGCCUUGCACACUCAACAAACAUUUCUCAGCUAAAAUUCUGAUCACGACCAAGGUGUUACUAAUUUGGGAACAGGCCGUGGGUCCCGCUCACCCGUGGGCGUAGCACGACGGCGCUGGAUUCUCAAGCCGCUACUACUUUCCUCUGGCAGUGGUCACUCUCACAACAGACUCUCCGGCCGACUUCGCCCAAGUCUGCUUGGUUAGAAGUUUCCAUCACUUUCCUCUUUUCGGUUGAACAACAGCUUGGCGGUAAGAAAGCGCCUCUACAUAAGCAAUGGAGAGUAAGUGAAGGUUAUGCUUUAGAAUCAGGAGAUUAAAUAAUUUUUUUUUUACUUAAAAAUGUUUUAAUUUGUUUCUAUUUUAUUCUUAAGAUUUUAUUUAUUUAUUUUUUUAGAGCGAGGGGAAGGGAGGGAGAAAGAAAGGGAGAGAAACAUCAGUGUGUGGUUGCUUCUUGUACAUCCCCUGCUGGGAACCUGGUCCACAACCUAGGCAUGUGCCCUGACUGGGAAUCGAACCAGUGACCCUUUGGUUCAGAGGCUGGCACGCAAUCUGUUGAGCCAUACCAACCAGGGCUGAUUUAUGUUUUAAUAAUUUUGAAGAUUAUAGUUGACACUAUUAUUUGUUUCAAAUGUACAACACAGCGAUGAAACAUACAACUUUUAGAGUGAUCACCCUGUUAAGACCUGUACCCAUCUAACCCACACAUCAAUAUUACAGUAUUAUUGACUGUAUUCCCUAGGCUGUAUUUUAUGUGCACGUGACUUUUUAUAACUGCCAGUUUGUACAUCUUAAUCCCCUCCCUUUUCCCCCCGAACUCCACUCCCAUCUGGCAACCAUCAAAAUGCUUUCUGUAUCUAUGAAUUUCUUUUUGUUUUGUUUGUUCAUUUAUUUGGGAUUUUAGGUUCCAUGUAUAAGUAAAAUUAUAUGGAAGUUUU